GGGCACGCUGGUAUCUCAAAACAAACAAUGACCGUUACUACGUGCUAGAUAUUGUGGUUGUUGUUGUAGUUGCUGCACAUAGCCUAGCAUGUGUAGUUAGUGAUAUAUCGUGAUAUAACUCACUUAUAUAUCAAUGAAACCGUUCGACUCUGAUGAGGAGGAAGCGGAGCAGCUGGGAGUUUACCAGAAGGAGCUGAGACAGCGGGCCAACCAGAGCAUACAGCAGCUGAGCAGUGCUCUGGAGCAGCUGAGCUCUGAUGGAGAAGAGGUGGAGGAGCCCAGAGGCAGCGAUGGCAGCCUCUUCACCGCCAUGGCCGAAGAGGACAAGGCUGCAUGGAGCCAAAAGACACAGAGCGAAGCAGUUAAUCAGCUGAAGAGCCUUCUACUGAAGCAGUGCAGAGACAUUCCCUCUCCUCUCUCGCCUUCAAAGAAAUCGUCUCCAGCCAAGAGAGUACAGCAGGAGGGAAGGUCCAAAUUGCCUGCUUUUCAGGAUUUGGUCCCAAUGAUUCACAACCAGUCAGAGUACAUCCAACACCUGGAAGCUGAGGUCAAAUUGUGCAAGGAAGAGCUGCAGGGGAUGAAACAGCGGAUCAGAGUGGUGGUGGUGGAGAAUGAGAAGCUGCAAUCGGACCUCAAAUCCAAAGCUAUGGACGAUUCUCUGAAAGACUACACGAUCCGAAACUCCAUGGUGAAUGAGAGUAUGGCAGCCAACAGCCACAGCAUGCUGCAGAGAGCAGAACUCACAUGGAAAAAUGAGCUGGAACAAUUGAAAGUGAUCUACCAGGCCCAGAUGGAAAGCUUAGAGGCUCAGGUCAUCUCCCUCAGGAAGGAUCUGUCGGUCAGUCAGAAGGAGUGUGAGGAGGUGAAGGUUCGUCUGAGACACCGGGAGAAACAGGCUGCAGAUGCACUGAGGGCUGAUGGAGCUCCCCGGGUGGCAGGAUUGUGUCUGAAGUGUGCACAGCACGAAGCUGUGUUGGCUGGGACUCACACCAAUCUGCAUGUCCAGGCUAUUGACAGGCUCACAAAGGAGCGUGAUGAGUUACUGGUGGCUCUGCGUGCCGUGCGGGCCAGUCAGCAGGAGGCACAGCAGAGAGAGUGGUCAGCCUGUCUCCAAGUCAAACAGGCUGUGGAGAUGGCGGAAGAAGCAAAUCUGUACAAAGCCAGGGUGGAGGUGCAGUGUGAGCAGCUGUCCAGGGAGCUGCUUCGACAGAGGGAACAACUAGAACGAGAAGCACAGGCCUCGCAGGAGAGACUGGCUGAGGCCAAAGAAGAGGGCAGAGCUGAGGCUCGCAAACACAGAGAGGAGCUGGCACACACAGUGUCCAUCCUCUCCCAGCGUGUUGCUGAGUUGGAGGGACAGCUAGACAGAGCUCAGAGAGACAAGAGCUCACUGACCAAUCAGCUGGAAGAUACUCUUCGCAAACUUACCAGUCAGGAACAAGACAAUACCAAGGUGUGUGUGGAUCUGCGAUAUCAGCUCAGCCAGGCCCAACUGAAGAAAGAGGAGGCAGAGAGAGAGCUCCGAGAGCUCAACACCAAGACCAGCAGACAGAUGGAAAAGGCUGCACAGGAAGUGGAAAGGCUGAGCUCAGAGCUGGUUGGCUGUCGGCAGCACCUGGAGGCGGUCCAAAAGGACGGGAGCCAAUGGCAGGCCGAAGCCCUGAGCCUAGCAGAACAGCUGGCAAAUGCCCAGCGCCAACUGCACCUCACCAGACAGGACAGAGAGAGUGCAGAACGGGCUCAUGAGGAGGAAAUGGCGUCUGCGGCCUUCUCAGCGCGGGAAAGAGAGCGAGAGCUGGCUGUGCUGCUGGAGCAAACAGAGGCUCAACACCAGCGCAGAGUUGGAGAGCUGGAUGGUCUGCUGAGUUCCCAGAAUUCCCUGAUCAGGAAGCUGAAGGAGGAGUGCUGCGCUCUGGGAGUCAAACUGGAAGAGCUGACUGGAAACAGCAGAGGAGAGCUGGAGCAGCUGGCCCUGGAGAAACAACACCUAGAAGAGACAGUGAAGAGUCUGAGAGCUCGCUGCUCCGACAUGGAGGAUCAGUGUGUCCAACACGGCCGCAUGCACCAGCGCAUGAAAGACAGGCUGCAGCAGUUGGACCGUCACUGUCAGAGCAGCGCCCAGCAGGUGUAUGAGCUGCUGGCCAAACAGAACCAGCUGAUGCAGGAGAGAAACGCACUCACUGAGGAGAUGCAGAGCCUACACAUGGAGAGACGAGUCAAUACUCUGUCCACAUGAGUCUGUCCUGCUUGUUUGGAUCUGGAUCUGAAGUCAGAAAUCUCCUGUUGACAAGAACAUAUCAAAGUGUCUGUGUUGUGGAGACAAGUGUGUUUCAUCCUUUUUGUAUUGAGGUACACUGUAUACACUGAAUGUGUUAUCACAACUGAAAAUCAGGUUUCAUUUUAUAUUUGACAUUUGGCUAUAGACUGUUACUGUAUAUUAUAUAGUGAGAGGUAACACUUUUUUUAUAUAUACAGAUUUAAUUGACAAAAUCACUCACGCACUAAUAUGAGCUUUUGGAACACAGUUAUUUAAAUCAACUUUUCUAAUUUUCUUUUUUUACAUUUUUUUGGGGAAAAAGUUAAUGCUCAACGCUGUUUCAUUUUGAACAUUUGAACUGAGCUGGAAGUUCAGCAGAUUAUAGUAUUUUUAGCCACAAAGCAAGUAAGAAGUGGACGCCGUCGCAGCAGAUUGACAUAGUGCUUUAUUGAAGCUGUCUGUAAGAAGGAAAAUAAUGUGCAUCCCUAUCAUAUACAUUGUGUAAAAAUACUAAGGAUGUACAGUGUAAAAAAAACAGCUUCAUGUUGAUGGUAAUUUGUUGUUUUCACAUCCUCGCGGCCUCAGCGGCCAGCAGCACUGCAUCCUGACAGCAUGAGGGACACAAAAAGGCUGUUUUGAUCGAUCUGUUAAGUUUUCCCGACACCGUCUGAGGGUCGACGUCAGCUCUGCUCCUCCGACGUGUCAGAGAGCAGCGCUGACUUCAGUAUUACGGUGCUUCAGGGGGAAUUGUGGCCCGCUCUGAGAACAGCUGGCAGCUGUCCACAAAUGUCUCACACAGCUGUAAAAGCUACAGUAGAUGGACAUGGACAUGAAAUUAAUUACAUGUUGUAAUAUUUGUACACGCUGUUUUAUAAAUAAAUGCAUCUCAUGCUUGUUCAUGUUAA